CGGACAUAGUCUUCCUCUCUUUCUAUCUUUGUACCACCGGCCGGCGCCACCAGUUGCAGACUUGCAGUGAAGUAGCUUCGAUCGGUCCAUGGAAAAUUUCCUCCUACUUCUUUGCGCAUUCAGAUCAAGGAAAUGUUCUAACUGAACGCAAUCUUGACCACUAGCCGCAUCCUUAUCGUACAUGCCGUAUACGAUUUCAGAUGCUGUGAUUGGAAAACAACCAUGUCUGUUCUUGAGGAUGGUAUGUGAGGAUCAUCAGCAUUGACAGAGAUUAUGGAGAUGAAUCACUUUGAUCAUGAUCACCCGCUUAUCUUUUCUGAUGAGCUCGAUGGAUGCUCAGUUCCAUGUAACGUCUGUUCGCAUCGUAUUAUAGGGUUAGCUUACUCUUGCAAUCAAUGUCCUUUUGUGCUUCAUAAAUGGUGUAGUGAAUUGCCUAGGGAAACCACCAUUGAACGUUUCGAUGAAAAACACUCUGUCACUCUUCAGAAAACUCUUCCAGCUAAGGGCUCAUCAUCAUCAUUCUCACCCCAUUUCACUUGUGAUAUGUGCCACAACGAUGGGUUUGGCUAUGCAUAUCGAUGCUCCGAUUCAGAUUGUGCGUUUAUUACCCACGUUGAAUGUGGUUGGUCUCGAUCAAUGAGAGAUAUUGGUUUUAUGUAUGACAUCAAAGGUAAAAGAUGUCGGUUUGAUUAUCAUUGGCCUGGUCCUGAAUUGGAUCGUCUUUACACAUGCAAUGCAUGCGGUAAUCGAGGCUCUGGCCCCCGCCUCGAAUGCGAUGAAAACAAUAAGAUCGUAUUUCACAUCCAAUGUUCAAAGUUACCGGAAACUGCUAAGCAUGUGAUUCAUCUCCACACACUCUCCCUCUCAACUGUUACCGAUGUAAUUGAAAACAAAGAGGAGGAAUUCAUUUGUGACGCUUGUGAGGAUAGGAGAAACCCGAGAUGUUGGGUAUAUUGUUGCCCUGAAGCCGAAUGUGUUAUCAGGAUUCAUAUAAACUGUGCUAUUGUCCCAAUAGCCGUUCAAGACAAUUGGUCGAGUCGGCUUGUUUAUUUUGUCAGAAACAAUCCAAUGUAUGAAAGUGCUUGGUUCAACAAUCCUCAUAAAAGAAAUCAGAUCAAAACACGGAGAAGAGCGAGCGAAUGGGAAGCAAAUUUGGCUAAAAUCAAUCGGGAGAUUAAAGAGGCAAGUGAAAGAGAGGAUAAAAGGAAAGAAGAACGAUCGAGAGAAGCCAAAGACAAGGCCGAGUUCGUUCAUUUUGACCACGAACAUCCCCUGAAGCCGUAUGACGAACCAUUCUUACAAUAUGGUGAUCCGUGUCUUAUCUGCAUGACACCCAUCUAUGGAAAGACGUUUGGUUGUAAAGAUUGCGGCUAUUUCAUCCAUAAAUGGUGCUCAAAUUUACAACAGAAAAUACGACACCCGUUACACGAACAUCAGCUCAGCCUCGAGCCAUCACCCCAUCUAUGGAAAUGCGGUCUUUGUGACUCCACUAGAGGACUGGGUAUGAACUACACUUGCCUUAAAUGUAACUUCAACCUUGAGGUUCUAUGUGCUUCAUUGCCGGAAAAUCUUAACCAUAAGCUUGACAAACAUACCCUCACCCCACUAAAGACUACUCUCGAUGAACGUUUAUUUGGAUAUCUCGGCGAAAAGUUUGCAAAAAGAUUAGGAGAUCUCCCCCGAUGCAACGCCUGUGGAUUUCCUUGUGAAGAUCUCUCGGUUGAGUGUAAAAAAUGUAAUCUCCAUUUACACAUUCAUUGUUUUCUACUACCGGUUACAGGUAAGCAUCCAUCGCAUAGACAUGAACUGGUGUUGUCACUUCCUCCGGAUAUAGUUGAUCCAAAUGCGGACUUGGAUGAGUUCAUUUGUGAUGCUUGUGAAGAAAACAGGGAUCCGGAAAAUUGGGUUUAUCGGUGUCCAAAAUGUGACUAUUUGUUUGCUGCCCAUGUGAACUGCGCUGCUUCUCCUAAACUAGUAGUGAAUUCUGUUGUUUUGGAUGAACUCCAAUGUAAAAUUGAGGACUUUCGAUUGGAUGAUUCCUCCUACUUCUUUGAGCAUCCAGAUCAAGAAAAUGUUCCGAUUCAAAGCGAUCAGCCACAUCCUUCUCCUACUGCCGUAUAAGAUUUCAGGCCAGUAGCAAUGGCCAUUUCAGGGAUUUCAAAGUUUGAAGCUCCAAAGAAAUCAUGCUUCCAGAUAUUAGAAGAACUCUUCUUCUAAUGACGAUUUGUUUCUGUCGGCUUCCAGUUCCAUCUAAGCAGAAAAACUAACAGAUUGGUGAAUGAACCAAAAAAACAAAUAAAUAUGGUGUUAAACCGAAUAAACAAUUCUAUACAGAAUGUAAAAAUAAAUUUAACAUUGUUGUAACUGUAUCCAUUCCUCUAAAUGAGUCAAUUUACAGUAUUACAUACUUUUAAAUGAGAUUUUGAUAGUUCAUGUAUUUAGAUAAACUAGUGGUACAAGUAUCUAUAUCUAAAUGAGAUUAAGUAUUAUAUACUUUGUGCAAAUGUAAGUAUGGAUUU